AUGACAUUCGUCAUCUCUCCUGCGUCCGCUGUUCUGAGCAAUUCCUCCACAUCCUGCUUCCAAGGUCGAGCGAUUUGCAAACGCCACAUAACACCGCUUCACAGGAAGGGAAUUGCACAAAAUGUCAUUGUAUGCACCGCGACCAAUACUGUCGCAACCCCUCCUGAAAAGUUUGAGAACGAAUCUGUCGGAGAUCCUAGCACAGCCGAUGACGCAUGGGAAGGUCUAAAGCGCCUUAUCCCGUUCCAUGCAAUUCGAAAUAUUAUGAAGCCAGGACAGUACCUUGGCAACGAAUUUGGUGCUAUUCGGAAACCAUGGGAUGACGCCAAGGUAAGAUUCUGUCUCGCGUAUCCGGAUUUGUACUCCAUUGGCAUGAGCAGCACUGGCCAUGUUGUCUUAUAUAGCUGCAUCAAUGAGGAACCGGAUCUGCUCUGUGACCGCAGCUACCUUCCUGGCCCAGACAUGCAGGAAGUCCUGCAGAAAUAUGAUCGCCCUCUGUUUGCUGUUGAGUCGAAGCGCGCGCUUGUUGAUUUUGACAUCAUCGGCAUGAGUCUGAUGUAUGAACUGGGUGCCACCAAUUGUGUCAAGGUCAUGCAGCUCGCGGGUAUACCGUACACCUGGCGAGAGAGGGACGCCGUCUCGACCAAGUUGCGGAGCGGACCUCCAUUAAUAUUUGCCGGAGGUCUGACCGUGACCGCCAAUCCAGAACCUUAUUGUGACCUUUUUGAUUUCAUGAGCAUCGGUGAUGGAGAGGAAAUGCUUCCUGCGAUGGGGCGAUGCCAAAAUGCCCUCCCUCAACCGUGGAGGGCCACUGCUCUUGUACCGCUGACCGACCCGGUUCAUGAUCGGCUUACUGUAGAAGUCCGAAGAGGUUGCACUAGAGGCUGUCGUUUCUGCUUACCAGGAAUGGUGCAGAGACCUGCAAGGGAUGUGGCACCUGAGGACGUCAUUCGAACGGUGAAAGAAGGUGUCAAGAAGACAGGCUACAAUGAAUUUUCCUUACUUUCAUUAAGCUGCUCGGACUGGCUAAGUUUACCGAGUGUUGGCCUUCAGCUGAAGAAUGAGAUGAAGGAAGAAAACCAGGCAAUUUCACUUUCUUUAGGAUCUCAACGAGUUGACAGGUUCAGUACAGACAUUGCGAACGUUAUAGGGGGAUUAAGAAGGUCGGGCAUAACAUUCGCUCCGGAGGCUGGCACUCAACGAAUGCGAGAUGUGAUCAACAAAGGUCUGACGAACGAAGAUCUUGCUCGUGGGGUCAAGUUGGCGUACGAUUCAGGGUAUCAGAAUGUGAAGCUAUACUUUAUGAUCAACUUACCGUCGGAAACAGAUGAAGAUGUUAUGGGAAUUGCCGAAACUAUUAAAUGGCUACAGAGAAUAUGCAAGACUCAAGGGAGACGUAGGCUCUCGAUUAAUGUGACAAUUUCAACCUUCACGCCAAAAAGCUGGACACCGUUCCAGUGGCAUUCGACAUCUAUCGAUCAGGUGCGAAGAAAGCAAAAGAUGUUAAAGAAAUCUCUACGCUCUUCUCCAGACGUGAAGCUGUCUAUGACGGACCCGAUGCUAUCGGCGAUGGAAGACUUUAUUGGAAGAGGCGAUCGGCGAUUAGGUGUGGUAAUCAUUAGGGCACAUGAGCUCGGUGCGGGAAUGGACGCGUGGUGGGAAGGUAUGAAAGAUGCAUAUGAUGCAUGGUGUGUUGCCAUCAAGGAGGCAGGACUGGAAUGGAAGUAUCGCCAGAGCGAAAAUGGGGAAUGGAAUAUUGCAGAGACUGCGGCGGAGGAAGUGCGAGGCCCGCGAGACUAUGAGGGCACGUCUCCUCUGGAUCGACCAUUACCAUGGGAUCACAUCGACCCAGGACUCGACAAGGGCUGGUUGCGUGACGAAUUAAUGCGCGCUCUUACUGAAACUCUGACAUCAGAUUGCGCGUUCUAUGACUGUUCAUCUUGCGGCGUUUGUGGGGACGAGAUGGGUAACAAUAUCACCAUCGCACCUCCGCCGGUUCCGGAGUAUGGCGGUGUGCAUAUUCCAAGCACUGAUACCAAACAGAGGGUCAGAGUAGCUUUUGAGAAGAGGGGUGCUAUGUCGCUUGCCUCGCAUCUGGACUACUCCCGAAUGUUAGACAGGGCCAUUCGCAGGGCAUCAUUGCCAAUAUCCUUCACGGGUGGGUUUCACCCUCGCCCACGAAUCACCAUAGCAGCCGCGCUUCCAUUUGGGGGCACAGCAGACAAAGAACUAGUUGACUUCAUGCUGAAAGAAGAAAUUGACGUUUCGCAGUUCAAGCAGAAACUAGACGCAGAGCUCCCGCAGGGUACUCGAAUUGUCUGGGCAAGGGAUGUGCCAGUGAAGUCUCCUGCCGUUAGUGUAUUGAUGUGCUCGGCAACGUACGUUAUCGCGAUUGACGCAGAGGACAUGUCCAUUAACUGGAAUGACGUCAUUCGUCGAGUUCUGGAAUCAGGUCCGGUCGAGGUCGAGAAAGUGAGCAAGCCAUGUUGGGCUUUCGCACUGGACUGA